AUGAGUUAUCGUUUACGACGUGAACGACGUCGAUUGAUUGAGGAUUUAAAUGACUUACAAAUUGAAGAAGAUCUUCAAGAACAAUAUCAAUAUUUAAUUUGUUGUCUUAAAGAAUUAAGAAGGCAUCGAUCGUAUUCUGAUGAUAAUGAAUAUAGAAAUUAUCAUCAACAACGAACAGAAUCUUGUUUAGUAACAUUAAUCUAUCAAAGUCCAAAUACAGGACGAAGUCAUUUUGAUGAAAUAGAAAUUCUUCAACAUAAUCGAACAGUUUUCAAAGGAUGUUUAGCAUGUGGAGGUCAAUUAACAUUUAAAUCAAAACGUUAUCGAAAUGAAUCAAAAUUAAAAUUAAGAUUUUAUAUAAAUGGUUUAUUUGAAGAUGAAAUGAUUGCUUGUUGUGAACAUGGAUUAAUUGGUAAAAAUCGAUCUAAUCAUUUAUUUCAAAUUGAAGACAUUUUUGGAUCCAAACCAUGUUUCGAAUGUGAACUCGAUAAUCAUAACUCAACAUCAUCUAGUUUAACUUCAUAUUCAUUUUCAAGACAAAACUCUCUCACAAAAAUUAAAGCUCCUUCAUCAAAAGUAUUAGCAGAAGAUCAAUCCAAUCAACAAAAAUUAAAGACGGAAUCACCUACAAUCUUGACUCCACAAACAAGAUCUAAUCAUAAAACUUCAAGUGAAGGUUUUUCUUCUGAUUUAAUCAAACGUUCCAAUCAUCAUACGCAAAAACACCAUCAAUUGAACGAUAAACAGCAGUCUACGGAAGAUUUGCCUGAAUCCUUACCUGAGAGUCCAGAAGUACCAUUGAAACCAAUAUAUGGUCCUCCUCAAAUAUCAACAAUGUUAUCUCUCAGUGAAUCACUUGAUUCGUCACAACCAAAUAUUCCUCAACAAACAAACCAGAAUUUGUUCAAUUCAUUAUUAAUUAUCAAGCAAGAUUCAGAUGAACAUGAAAAUUCGAAUGUUGUUUCAAACGAAAGUGUAUCUGAUUUACCAAAUAGAACUACUCAAUGUUCUUUAUCAUUAUCACCAAAUGUUGAAAGUAAUUCAGACGAACGAGAGACUUCAUUAAAUUUGAAUACUUCGAAUUCGAAUUCGAAUGAUACGGCAAUAGUUAAUGAGGCAACUCAAUUAUUACUUACUCGACUUGGACUAAUACAACAACAACAAAUCGAAAGUCCACAAGUCUCAUUUGGUAGUGUAUCUCGAGAGAAAGGCAAUGUCGAAUAUUUUACUCUCGUUUACUUACAUGCUUCACAUCCUGAAGAAUCUAUAAUAAAAAAGCUUCGAAGUCUCGUCAAUUUCGUAAAAACUUUCAAUGAUAUUGAUGAUUGUAUUGCAUUUAUGAAUGGUGUGUUCAAUGAAAAAAUUAUUUUUAUUCUUUCAAAUUCACUUUGUAAUUCAAUUCUUCCAAGAAUUGAAGGACUUCAACAAAUAUUUACUAUGUAUAUUUUAUGUGAAAAUGAUGAUGAAAUUAAUUCAUCAUGGCAACAAUUAAAAGUUAAAGGUGUAUAUAAAAAUUUAAACGAUAUAUAUGAACAAAUAUCAAAGGAUAUACAAAAAAUAAUACAUGAUUUGAUAAUCUAUAUAAAUUUAUCAUCGAAUUCAGCUCAACUUGAUGAAACUUAUAUAUAUGGUAAAUUAUUAAGUGAAAUAAUUCUUGAUAAAAAUGAAAGUCAAAAUGAUUUACAAGAACUAAUUAAUUUUUCACGUCAAGAAUACGAUGGUAAUGAUGAAGAAUUAAACAUAAUCAAUGAAUUCGAAAAAAAUUAUAAAAAAAAUCAAGCAAUCUAUUGGUUUACAAGACGAUGUUUUCUAUCAAAAAUGUUAAAUAAAGCUCUUCGUACUUCUGAAGGUGAUAUUUUAUAUAAACUUCGUUCAUUUGUUCAAGAUUUAUUUCAACAAAUAGAAAAUGAAUCAGUAAAAGAUUCAAUAACAGUUUAUCUUGGACAAACAAUACAAAGAAAUGAUCUUGAUGAUUUACAAAGAAAUAUUUUAAAUAAUGAUCUGAUUAUAUUUCCUCAAUUUUUAUUUGGUUCAACGGAUCAAAUACGAGCUAUUCGUGUUGCUAAAGAAAUUCCAGUUUUAUCCAAAGAUUAUAUACCAAUUAUUAUUCAUAUUGAUAUACCAGAAAAUUUUAAAUGUGCUAAUAUAAGUUCAAAUCGAUAUUCCAUUAAUAAUGAUAAUGAUGUUUUAUUAAAUAUGGGUGUUAUGGGGCGUUUAAUUAAAGUUAAAAAAGAAAAUAUUAAUGACAAUCAGAUUGCUUCUAUUCAUUUAAAAUUAGUUAAAUGUGAAAAUGAACAAAAUAUUCAACAAAUACUUGAGACUAAGCGAGCAGAAAUUAAAAGUUUUUCUCAAUUAGUUACUCUAAUAAAAUUAAUGAUUGCAAUGAAACAACUCACAUUAGCUGAACAUCUGCUUGAAACAAUAUUUAAUGAUGAUACUUUAAAAGAAGAUACAAAUACUCAGACCUCAAUAGCUGCUGGUUGCCUUGUACUUGCAACAUCACGUCGUAAUCAAGAUGAUUAUAAACGUGCUCUUGAAUUAUAUCUUCUUUCAUUGGAUGCAUUUCGUCGAUUUAUUUCACCGAACGCUUUUGAAUUAACUCCACUUUACGGUAAUAUUGCUGGAAUGUAUUUACGUCUAGAUGAUUUUGAAAAAUCUCAUGAAUAUUAUAAAAAAGCACUUGAUGUACAACUUUGUUCAAACACUCCAGAUUUCGCUACUAUUAGUAAUUUUACAAAUAAUAUAGGCAUUAUUUUAUCAAGACAAGGAAAAUAUGCUGAUGCUAUUAAAUCAUUUCAACGUACUUUAAAAAUUCUUGAACAAGUAACUGAACCACAUGAUAUAGAAUCUGCAUUAAGUUAUGAAAAUAUGGGUGAUACAUAUCUUAUACAACUUAAAUAUAACGAGGCUAUAAAUUGUUAUAAAAAAUCAAUUGAAAUUCAAGAACGUUUUGUACCACGUAAUCCUAGUAUAUUAGGUUCUUCUUAUCAUAAUAUUGGAAAUGUUUAUUUAAAAAUUGGUCAAUCUCGUGAAGCAUUAGUUUAUUUAAAACUUGCUUUAGAAUGUCAACAAGAAUAUUUACCAUCAACUCAUCCAACAUUUGCAUUACUUUAUAAUAAUAUUGGUUUAAUGUAUUAUCGAGAAGAACAAUAUUCAGAAGCAUUAAAAUGUUAUACUAAAAGUCUUGAAAUUGCAUCAAUAUCUUUGCCCGAAAGUCAUUCAUUAGUUGGUACAACACUUUUUAAUAUAGCACUUGUUUAUUCAGUUCAAGAGAAAUUCGAUGAAGCUAUAGAGAGUAUAGAAAAAUCAACUGAACAAUUUUUAAAAACAUUACCACCUGAUCAUCAAGAUGUGAUAGAAAAUAAAGCAUAUAUUGAAUCGAUUAAACGAAAAAAAAUUCUAAAAGAACUUUUUGAUGAAAGAUCUGAUGAAAAUGUAACAAGUUUUUAA